GGCCGACUAUAGCUGAGGAACAUAAUGGAAUGGGAAACAGAGUGUGGUUCAGAGGUUGCGGAAUGGAAUUGAUACAAAUUAAAGAAAAAAGAAAAAAGAGAGAUAAGUUUUCCUCGAGCAACAAGCUCGCCAAGGCCACCGUACUAAACGAUACAACUAUCAUAUUCGUUCUUUGCAGCGGUUCAUCUCUAGUCACCAACUUCGAGUGGAAGGAACGAUGUUCAGCUGAAAUUUAAACUCAGCGGCGCAUGCCCAAAAAAGAAAAGAAAAAGUGCAAAAGGGAAUCCCGUAGUGCCGUUUGUCUCAUUGAUCAGUUCGUCUAUGCUCUUUACAGCUCGUUUAUGGAUCUCUCGAUCCAACCGUAUCGCUGUUCAUUCGAUAUCGACCAGUAGCAAAUUAUAUCGCUCGCAUACCCUUCAUUUUGCAGCAAGACGAUGGCAUCACACCCCUGUUCGUGUACGAUUCGCGCCUAGCCCUACAGGACAACUGCAUUUAGGUGGUUUACGGACUGCUUUGUUCAACUAUCUUCUUGCCAAGAAAACUGGCGGUCAAUUUAUUUUGCGUAUUGAAGACACCGAUCAGACUCGCUAUGUCGAAGGAGCAGUGGAAAAGUUGGUCUCGGCCUUGUCCUGGGCCGGUAUUACGUAUGACGAAGGUCCUGGAUGUGGUGGUCCGCACGCGCCAUACUAUCAGUCGGAAAGGACAGAUCUUUACCGAAAGUUUGCCAAUGAUUUGAUCGAGAAUGGUCAUGCAUAUCGAUGCUUUUGCACUCCGGAACGGUUACAAAAAGUGCGCGAAUCAAGACAUAAAACAGGAAGAACGGUAGCUUAUGAUAAGCACUGUUCGUAUUUGAGUGACGAGGAAAUUGAAGAACAAUUAUCGCAAGGCAAAACUUUUACAGUUCGACUUAAGGUGCCUUCAGAAGGAUCGACUGAAUUCAAGGAUUUGGUCUAUGGCCAAAUCCACUUUAAUAACAAGACGAUUGAAGAUACAAUCUUACUCAAAAGCGAUGGGUAUCCGACGUAUCAUCUUGCGAAUGUUGUGGAUGAUCAUUUGAUGGGUAUUACACACGUUUUACGAGGAGAGGAGUGGAUUGCGUCGACGCCCAAACAUUUGUUACUAUACAAAGCUUUGGGAUGGUCCAGUCCCCACUUUGCCCAUUUACCGCUGCUGCUCAAUGCCGAUCGCACGAAACUCUCUAAACGAACCGGAGAUGUCCACGUCGAGCAAUACAUCGCCAAAGGCUAUUUACCAGAAGCCGUCAUUAAUUUCGCAGCACUACUUAGCUGGCAUAUGAAAUCCGAAGAGGAGAUUUAUACCAUUGAUCAAUUAAUUCAAGCUUUCGAUCUUGCCGAUCUGAAUAAUUCAGGGGCUGUAGUAGACAUUGCAAAACUCGAUUGGUUCAACAAACAUCAUCUUUUGAGACGAGCAGAGACAGCCGAGGGUCUAAAAAGUCUUGUGGAUAUGUUGGUGCCGUCCGUGCAUUCUCAAUUUGGUUCAAUAUUAAAAGACAGGGAUCAAGCGUAUCGCGGCGAUAUGGCAUAUUUAACCCGCGUGGUCGAAACGAUCAAAGAUCGAAUCCGUAAUAUUCAAGAUAUCCCACGAUUAUGCAGCUAUUUCUUUGUUGAUCCUGAUUACACAACUGCAGCUGCAAAAACUUUCAAGAAGAAACUGAAAGCUCCUGCGAUCCAACUCGUUUUCUCACCAGAAACCCAGCAACAACUUUCUACAGUUGAACCAUUUGAUGGGGCGACUAUUAAACAAUUCCUUCACGAAACAGCAGAGAAGCAGAACGUCAAUCCCAACCACGUUAUGAUGGCCAUGCGUUACGCUGUGACCGGUACUCAGGUCGGCGCUGGAGUGGCAGAUACAAUGGCAGUACUUGGAAGACAAACAUGCAUCGAUAGAAUUACAACAGCUAAAGCACACCAAGUUUAGAUCAUAGCUCAUCCCUCAAUAGAUGGAAAAACAUACAUCCAUUUUCCAUUGACCAUACAAAAAAAAAAAUG